CGCCCCCCGCGCCCGGCCCGCGCUCCGGGGUCGGCCGGCGACAUGGAGUCCCCAGCCUUCCCUCUGAAUCUGACCCUGAAAGUGGAGGAAAAGGAAGAAGAGAUUCGGAGCCCGGAACUGGAGGGUGGUUCCACCGACAUGCAGAAGGUCCGCAUCUGCUCAGAGGGUGCGUGGGUGCCGGCCCUGUUUGACGAGGUGGCCAUCUACUUUUCCGACGAGGAGUGGGAAGUUCUGACGGAGCCCCAGAAGGCCCUGUACCGGGAGGUCAUGAGGAUGAACUACGAAACGGUGCUGUCGCUGGAAUUCCCGUUCCCGAAGCCGGACAUGAUCUCUCGGCUGGAUGGGGAGGAGGAGUCUCAGAACUUGGACCGAUGGCAGCUCCCGGGAGGAAGCUUCGCAGAAAACGAAGAAGCUGACGUCAAGCCCCCAGACCGGGCCGGCCCGAUGCGCACUGCGUCCCCCUUCCCCCCACCGCAGCCCCUGGACGGCUUUGGCCUCCGCCUGCCUCGGGACAUCACCGAGCUGCCCGAGUGGAGCGAGGGGUACCCCUUCUACAUGGCCAUGGGCUUCCCGGGAUACGACCUCUCUGCCGACGACCUGGCCGCCAAGUUCCAGUUCAGCCGGGGCAUGCGCCGCAGUUACGACGCGGGGUUCAAGUUGAUGGUGGUGGAGUUUGCCGAGAGCACCAACAACUGCCAGGCGGCCAAGCAGUUCGGCGUGCUGGAGAAGAACGUCCGAGACUGGCGCAAGGUCAAGCCGCAGCUGCAGAACGCCCACGCCAUGCGGCGGGCCUUCCGCGGCCCCAAGAACGGGCGCUUCGCUCUGGUGGACCAGCGCGUGGCGGAGUAUGUGCGGUACAUGCAGGCCAAGGGGGACCCGAUCACCCGCGAGGCCAUGCAGCUCAAGGCACUCGAGAUCGCCCAGGAAAUGAACAUCCCAGAGAAGGGGUUCAAGGCCAGCCUGGGCUGGUGUCGCCGGAUGAUGCGCAGGUACGACCUGUCGCUGAGGCACAAGGUGCCCGUGCCCCAGCAGCUGCCCGAAGACCUGACGGAGAAGUUGGCCACCUACCAGCGCCGAGUGCUGGCUCUGCGCAGGGCGCACGACUACCAGGUGGCGCAGAUGGGCAAUGCCGACGAGACGCCCAUCUGUCUGGAGGUGCCCUCCAGGGUGACUGUCGACAACCAGGGCGAAAAGCCCGUCUUGGUCAAGACGCCAGGCCGGGAGAAACUGAAGAUCACCGCCAUGCUCGGCGUCCUGGCCGACGGCAGGAAGCUGCCCCCCUACAUCAUCCUGCGGGGCACGUACAUCCCGCCCGGGAAGUUCCCCAGCGGGAUGGAGAUCCGCUGCCACCGCUACGGCUGGAUGACGGAGGACCUGAUGCAGGACUGGCUGGAGGUGGUCUGGAGGCGGAGGCCGGGGGCCGUGCCCAAGCAGCGAGGCCUGCUGGUCCUGAACGGCUUCCGGGGCCACGCCACCGACUCGGUGAAGAGCUCCAUGGAGGACAUGGACACCGACAUGGUCAUCAUCCCGGGGGGCCUGACCUCGCAGCUGCAGGUGCUCGACGUGGUGGUCUACAAGCCGCUCAACGACAGCGUGCGGGCCCAGUACUCCAACUGGCUGCUGGCGGGGAACCUGGCGCUGAGCCCCACCGGGAACGCCAAGAAGCCGCCCCUCGGCCUCUUUCUGGAGUGGGUCAUGGUCGCGUGGAACAGCAUCUCCAGCGAGUCCAUCGUGCAGGGGUUCAGGAGGUGCCACAUCUCCAGCAGCCUGGAGGACGAGGACGACGUCCUGUGGGAGCUAGAGGGCGAGCUGCCCGGCGGAGGGGAGCCGCCCAGUGAGGGCAGGACAGAGAGCCACUGAACCCACAGCUCAGCGAUGCAGCUGCUGGAAACGGCGGGAGGGGCGAGAAGACGGCUGCAGGUGUGGACGCACCAGAAGCGGCAGGAAGGGCCGUGCGGCUGGGAGCAGCGGGCGUGGACAGAGCCUGGGCAGCCCGCCCGAGACACAGCCCGCCCCCCACUCCCACGGGGUCUCAGACGCCUGGGACCCUCCACUCCCGCAGAGACGGGAUCGGGAAAGAAGCCCCUUCUGCCCCGUUGGAGAGGUGGCUCGCGUCCACCGGUAGGAACCUGUAAAUAAGACAGACGGACGGAGGUAUUUCCUGGAGAACGGACUGUCCGGCGCCACCGGAGGCUCGUCCCGCGGCCCGUGCUGCUGGCGUCCGUCCUGGGGAGGAACAAGUCGUCGUCCCUUCGGCCUUUAAAGCGCUUCCAGGGGAGCCUGCCCCCAGCAGGGUGGGGCCGACCGCGGAGACAGCGACGUAGAAACGAGCUUUUUUGUACGUAACACAUUUCCCCUUAGAGAAAGGAGGUACUAACGAUAACAGAAUUGAGGCACUGGCCUGGUGCCAGCCGGUGGCUUCUCCAAGACAGACUCGGUGAGGGGGAAGGCACAGGUUAAAAUACACAACACUGUUUCACUACUCCUCUUCCCAGUCAGGUUGGCAGCUAGACUUCUUGCGGGUCUCACUGACCGGCCCCGUUUUUCGCGAUGAUUCUAUUUAACGACGGCAGCCUUGAGUCCACGGCUCGAGUUUCUCGGGCUGGAGGUCUGCCGUCCACGUGGUGCAAGGCUCACGGGCUCGCUGACGUUCCUUGUUGAUUUCUUUAAUGUUUUUAUCCCGGGGGUGGUGAGGGUGUGGGCCGCGAGCCACAGCUGUGCGAAGGCUCCGGUCUCCCACCCUGCAGGACAGGAGGGCGGACUUUGCCUUUUCACACUGUGGUCAUUUGCAUUCCCACCCAGUGUCAUGCAAACAUUCCUUCAAGGCAAAGCUGCCCCGCUGCAGGAGGUGGGCCGGAACCUCGCAGACAAAGCCAUGGCUAGAAAUGUCAUUCCAGUGUCAGGUCUGGGCACAGGCCUCCACCUCCCCUUCCUGCUCACCCGCCCGUCCGUCCACGACACUGUCCUUGGCAGCCUGAACACCUAUUUCUACUCAGGUACCCACUGACCUAGUGGCGAAACACCUUCCUCCUCGUGUUAAACCAGUUUUCCUCCAAGAGGGGAAAUUUCACUUAAGUUCUGAUAUUGGAAUAACUUCCAGCAUUUGAAUUCUGCCGUUGGCGAGCUGUACCACGUUCUUCGUCAUCUCAAGGGGCGUCUGAGCCCAGCGACUGCGCGUUCCAGACGGCUCCACCCCUCCGAGUCCACUUGGACUUGCCCUCGUCUUCCUGGUCCUGGCUCUUCCCUCUUGCCGCCUCACUUCACUUGCUUUGGGCGCGUCCAGGGCUUCGUCAGACCUGACUUUGGGGACCUGUGUCGGAGCGUAGUUAUCUGGCAGAGAGGAGGGGGAAACGGGUCAACUCCUGAGUCAUUCCGUCAACAGCGCGAGUCUCAUCGUCCCUGACCAGUGCCGCCCUCGGGGCCGUGCAGCGCCGGACGUUCCUGGAGCAGCGGCUGCUGUCGGGGCGUCGGCUCCUGCCUCCGCUGGCUGACCUGCGACCUCUGCGGAGCGGGGCCCCGAGCAGCCAUGUGCAGUGGCCGAGGCCCUGGAGGGACCAGAGCACCUGUUGGGACGGAGAUGCGCUCCCUGUAGGUAGGAACU